GUACAAUUAAUUUUUUUUCAAUCAAAUAUAUUUAUUUUGAUUUUUCACUUACUAUAGAUAUAUCAACAACCAGAUAAUAGACUAGACUUUACAAUGGCACCAAAGGAUAUACGAUCGUUGAUGGCAGGAAGAAUCACCAAAGUUGCUACUACUCCAUCAACCACCACUAAAGCAUCUUUACUGACCAGUACUGAAACCAAAGUACUCAAAGAUAUCGCGUCAGGAUCAUCUUUUGCAUCAAGAUGGAAAAUCAUUGGCACUCAUUUAAUACACAAUUUACCUUCUAAAUCAUAUAUCAUUAAGAAUUUUAAGGAAGAAAUCAAAAUUGCUGCCUUUGAUUUAGAUGGGACGUUGAUAGAUACAAAAUCAGGACGAAAAUUCGCCAUAUCAUCUCAUGAUUGGAAAUGGUGGACGCGAUCUACUAAGGAUUCAUCAUCACAAAUUCUAACUAAAUUGAAUAAAUUGAUAGAGGAAAAGUAUUUGAUUGUCAUAUUUACUAAUCAAGGUGGUGUAGUGGCUAACCCAUCUAACAAGUCAUAUAAUAAUUUCAUAGAAAGAGUCAAUUUAAUCAUUUCCACUAUAAAGUCAUCCAUAAAAGAAGAUAACACUGAAAUAUUGGUGUUUGCAUCUCCUAAGAAACCAGCUAAGGAAACCAAUACUAAAAGUCAUGAAUUAAUGAGAAAACCUAAUACAGGUAUGUGGAAGGAAUUAUUAAGUUAUCUUGGUAAUGAAGCUAAAAUAGAUGUUACAAACAGUUUUUAUGUUGGUGAUGCCGCUGGUAGAGCUAAAGAUUUUCUGGAUAGUGAUUUGAAAUUUGCUCAGAAUAUAGGUAUUACCAAUUUCAAAACACCAGAAGAGUUCUUUUGAUUAUCACACAUGUAUUAGUAAAUAAGUUAUGUAC